CCUCAACUUUCGACUUGUCUUUGCGCGUACAGAUGUCUUUAAAUGUCCGGAAAAUCAUUAACAAAAUUAGCUGUUAACAUUACGUAAAUAUACCCAAAUUGUCAACAACAUAGUCGCUCCUUUUGAACAGCAUGGCGUCAGCGGACGAACAGGAACCACCGCCCGAUGAUUUCGAGUUCGUGGACAGCGGAGGCGCGCCACCCGCCUCGAGCACCGGCCUGGCGGCACUGAAACAGCACGUGGCGCAAAACAAGACGGAGUUUGUCAUGUGCUGCUCCAGGACACUCCAGAUCAUUGCUGCACUAGCAUAUGCACUACCCGCCUUCAUACCGGCGCGCGCGGCGUACGUGGGCGCGCUGGCCGGCGCACUGCUGACGUCGGCGCUGCGCCUGCGCCUGCGCCUGCCGCCGGCGCGGCUCAGCCGCGAGUUCGCCGCUGCCGUUCUGCUGGAGGACGCCACCCAUUACAUGCUGUACGCUCUGCUGUUCCUGUACCCGCCGCCGCUGGGGCCCGUGCUCGUGCCCACCACGCUGCUCGGCUUCCUGCACUCGCACACCUACCUGCUGCAGCUGCUGGACACGCUGGGACCCGGCCGUGGCGGCCCGGCGCGCUUCCUGCUCUCACAGGUGGAGCAGCGGUCGCACGCGAUCCUCACGGUCGUAGCGCUCACCGAGAUCAUUCUGCUACCCUACUGCAUCACUCUGUUGUUCGCCGGGCGCAGCUGGGUGCCGGUGCCCUUCGUCUACUAUCGGUUCCUGACGCUGCGCUUCUCGUCCCGGCGCAACCCGCACACGCGCGCGCUCUUCUCGGCGGCGCGACGGGCGGCAGAGGCGACCGCCGACAGCACCACCUGUCCGGCGCCGGCGCUCUCGGGUGUGGUCGGCGCGGGCGCGGCGCUGCAGGAGUUCAGCUGUGAGUAA